UGACACCAUGCCCGAUUGCUUGUCUUCUUCUGUCUUGAAGAGGCAGUCAAGAUACUUUCUUCCAAUUCUGAGGAGCCAAAAAGGCAUCCCAUGCCCACCCUGCUACAUUCGGGAGAAGCAGCCCGGCUUUUUCAACGUAUUCUUCCCCUCCCACCUUUCUUCGAAAGGAUAGAUCCUUCUCGGCAAUGCUGGAUGCAAAGACAAUGGUCCAACUGAACACGUUCACGACCCAGGGAAACCAAUGCUGCGACAGUAUGGCGUAGGCCGUGUACACAAGGAUUUCGCCCAAAUAGUUGGUAUUUCUGCACCAUGCUACCCAACCAUCCUCAAUCACCGCCUUCUUCAAUUGCAGCACAAAGUACUUUUGUUUAUCUGCGCACAUCAUCAGGACAACCCCCCAAGUGUGCAUCACAGUGGCAACGAAGGCCCGUACAGGAGAGACUUGAUUGGCGGGGAUGAUGAGAUACACUCCAGGGGACCAAUACAGGGACAACCCAAACGACAACAUCACGGCGCUGGGAAUGGUCAUUCUCGCCUUCCAUUGGCAUCUGGAAUGAUGCGGUCCUUCAACAACCAAACAAAACCGUAGCUUCAUCAGCCUGCCGAUGACAGCAUAGGUGUAGGUGUUGGAUGCAGUUGACAGUGCCGUGCAGUGUCGCAAUAGGCGUUUCAUGGUGGGCAUCAAGGAGCGUACUAGCUAGUACCGGUACCGUUGGAGGUUAUAACUUCCCUCUCUGCCUACAACACCCUGCUACCGGGCCGGCACUGUCAAGGGGAGCUCCAACAGCUGCUCCGGCUGCAUGUUGUUCCGCUCGAAGCCAUCAUUGCGGUUGUCGGCCCCAGAAACCAUAGAGCCUUCUGAUGUGAAGCUGGAGGCACUUUCAGAUGUGGGUGCCAAAGGAGAUAAGAGACUGGUGCACACAGGGGCCAAUGGAUUGGUCAUGGCUAUGGUGACUGCAUUUGCCCAGCACCUGCCAUUGGAACUCUCCCCUGAUUUGAUCUGGAUUGCAAUCUCAUAUGCCUUUGCCAAGCAUGUGGAUAGGAACGCUGAAGCUCUACGAAAGAAUUUUGUGCAGCAUGAAGGAAAGAAGCGCCUUUUCCUGGAAACCGAUUCCAGCUUUGCCAUGAGCAGAGGAGGAGACCCCGACACAGGAGCUUCUGACAAAGAAUGGGAGACUCAAAUCUUGCCUGAUUUCUCAAGCCAAAUCAAGGAUCACAUUGGCAAGACAACCCAUGAAGCAAUUGCUUCCAGCUUCACCACAACAACAGCUACUGCAAAGGCUUGCCAUGAAAUCACCCUCAUGUCUGCUAUGAAGAACUACCAUACCUAUGGCAUGGGGACCAGGUGUGGCAUUCCCCAAAUCACCUUGUUGGGGACUGAUGAUGACUGGGUUGAGCUGCGUGCCCGUGCAGAGCAUCUAGGGAGGUUAAUGACAAAAGAGUUCUCCGAGUACUGGAUGCCCGUUUUGCUACCUUUAUUGGAUGAAUUUGUGGAGAGCUACAAGGGCAAUGUCAACCACGGUUUUUGGCAGUCCAUGGUGAAGCUCCGUGACACAGGAGGUGGAUCUGGAUCCCAUAGUUUCUGGGUGGAUUCAAAUCCUGUUCCCCUAUCUGGCAUCUGGCAGUCUCAAUGCGAACCUCAAACCCUGGCACGAGAUGUACUUUUAUGGCCCAGAGAUGGAACAUUUUCCACUUCUUGCUUCGUCAGCACCAGUUGAUUGGGACUAUCAUGGUACCACACUUGACAUUGAGUUCUUUGCAGGAAUCAUUGGAUUUGCCCAAUCUUCGGUUGAUGGAACCUUGUCCCCUGCGCUGGGAUGGUGUGUUGUUCAUGUUCCUCCAAAGUCCCCUUCCCUUCAGUUGAAGGAAGCCAAGAAAGAACUGAAUGAUCUCAUGUUGGGUCACAAGGAAGAGGCAUUUGCUGAAACAGUACCGGUAGAUGAGAGUGCUCCUUGGUUUCAGCCUGUUACUUUCUCAAGGAUAAGAUCCUCAAAUUGGAGAGCACAGCCACGACACAGCGCAGCUCUUGAGAUUGCAUUUCUGCCUUGAGCAAGACUUGCGUGGCUUUUUGGUCAAGUGAAUAGCUCUGAUUGUACCGA